AUGUCAACCUCGAGCGAUUUCGCUCAAUCCCAAGCUACUGACUGGUCGCCACCAGUACCCGCGACAGCAGAACUAGACGCUAUCCAUGACAUCAAGAUUGAAUGGAAACGACGCAUACGAACUACAAACGAUGGGCACAAAUCUGGAAAGCAACGCCUAGUCGCUGACUUACAUGACUUCGAAAUAUAUCGUUCUCCGGAUUACGAAAAAAGAGCAUACGAGCUAGCCAGCUUGCACUUUCUUGGGCUUCCAUUGAACAAGAAACUCUGCUUCGAUGGCUUUGUGCGCCUAGGAAAUGUCGAGCACUAUGUAAAGGGUGUACCAUUCCAGCAGUGCUCUAUCAAAGACUACACGGACAAACAAAAUCCAGAGGUCACGUCCUAUAUCCAGUCUGAAAUGGCGGCCAAUGACAAUGAAUACGAUAUCUGGUAUCAGCUCACUGAACCUACACCACAAUAUCGGCGCCUCCAGGAUGCCUUCCUCUGGAUAGCCCAGCUUGGAAAGCAUGUUCUUAAUUACAUGGAAGGCUCUUUGCGCUCGUUAGGCUGCUUCCGUACAGACUUCCACACCUUCCUGAAGCAUUGUUUUAGCGACAAUCGCGAUUUUGAAAACUGGCAUGCGGCUUUUCGAAAUCAAACGGACUUCCGAGUUGCUGUUGUGACAUACACCGAGUACCUGUACAAGGAAGCCUCUCAUCAGCCAAAUUCCGAUCGGUUUGUCAGGCAGCCAUUAUGGGUUGAGUGCAUGGCGAAAGCUGUCACGCCUAAUAUACCACGAAAGACAGACCCUCAGCAGACAGUUGCGACACCAGCUGUUCAUGCUUGUUUUCAAGAUAUGUACUUCGGGAAGAAAAUCCGACCGCAAGCUCCUUCCAAGCACGUCCUUGACAAGCACGAAUACAGGAAAAGAAAACUUGGGUUUUUGACGACAUCGUCAGCGUCACUUCCCUAUGCCGAGUUGUCUAAAGGCUGCCGGCCAUAUGGAGCAUCGCCGGUUAUGGUUGGAGAUGUGGUUGCUGUAGUCCCAGAUGAGGCAGACGUUAAACUGUGGAAACAUACGAAGCGAGAUUGGCUGGCAUAUGUCCAACGCACUGAAACUCUCGAAAACGGUGUUCAGCAACUGUUUGUCGUGUGGCUGUAUUGGCCUCAUGAUACAAAUAUUGCCAAAGCCUACUAUCCAUUGCAAAACGAAGUGUUUCUAUCGGACAAUUGCAAUUGCACAGAAAGAGCGCUGCUAUCCACUGAAGUCAAGGGAAAAUACGACGUCGAAUGGUGCCCUUCAGUUAUCAAUACGAAGCGUCUUUUCGUCAGGCAAAAGUACAUCCACAACGGGAGCUCAUUUGUGAGUAUGAAGGACAAUGACAAGAUUUGCUCUUGUCACAAGGAAACUCGUACAAAUGUCGCUACUAUGUACAGGUCUGGCGACACUGUUUAUCUAACACCACCACCAGAUCAGCGGUUACUAGAGCCAGUCAUUAUCCAAUAUAUUGACGAAAAGAAGGGGUCGGUGACUGUGCGGAAGCUGUUACGACUCGGGCGUGAUUGCGCUGAGCUGGGCAAGGAUCUGCAACGAUCAAGUAUCGCUCCAAAUGAAUUGGUACUCACGGAUGAAUAUUUCGAGACGAAAACUAGUCAGAUACAGCGUCACUGUUCCAUACGAUUCGUCUUAAGAUCAGACAUCACGGCUAACACGGUGCCCUUCCCUUACAACCGGCAAGGGGCGGGCGACCUAUGGUUCAUCUCAAUGGGAUUGAGUGUCAACAAGGAUGGACAGAAGAGGCUCUCAUAUCUUCGGCGCUUGCCAUGGAAUAUGCACGAACGCACAAAGAUGGGUUUAGACAACAAACUUAGAGGCCUCAGCAUUUUCAGUGGUGGUGGGUUGCUAGACAGAGGUCUCGAAGAAGGUGGCGCUAUAGAAUUUCGUACCAUUGUUGACUCCAGUCAACAUGCUAUCCGGACGCAACAGGCGAACAUCAAGAAUUCUUCAACAGUUUGUCUCUACUGUGGCUCAGUAAACACUUUUCUCGAUUCAGCGCUCAAGGGCGACACAAGCUUUAUUGCUAGAGUUGGUGAUGUAGACUUUAUUGCUGCAGGAUGUCCUUGCGUCGCGUUCUCUGGACUUCAGCAAAGCCCCUUUAGCCCGAACUCACUGCUCAACGCAUCUCUCGUUAGUACAUUCUGCUCUUUUGUGGAUCUUUACCGACCAUUGUACGGCGUUUUGGAGAACGUGCUGAACAUUUCAUCAGAGCGGGCCGGUUCAGAACGGGCUGGUUCAGCGCUAUCGCAGGUGGUGGCUUGCCUGGUAUCAUUUGGCUAUCAAGUGAACCAGUAUAUUAUGGACUCCUGGAAUUAUGGCAGCCCACAGAGACGCUCGCGCGCAAUACUCACCAUAGCAGCUCCCGGUCUUCAGCUAAUUAUGCAGCCUUAUCACACCCACAGCCGAUCCGACGAGGAAGUCCGCGGAAGAAGCCUAGGCCAACUACCCAACGGAGAAUUCUGUGCUGAGCGUCAGUAUUACCCAACGCCUUUUUAUCAUGUCCCUGCGCAGACUGUUAGUUCCGGGUUGCCCGAUAUUGGAUAUGGCGCCGGACAAACAUGUAUAGCAUAUCCGGACCACCGAGUCCCUAAUGUACCGACUAGGAAAGAUAGACCUCUUUUGGAUUGUAUACCAAAACAACCCCCCGGCUGUGGGUACAAAGAGGCCGAAGAGCUUGGGCGUGUUCCGCCCCAUUUACGCAGAACAAGAGAGAUUGGCAAAUCCUACCAAAGGAUAAAAAAAGCUGGUUUAGUGCCCACAAUUACAACAAGUGCGUGCAUUUCUGACGCCAGGAAUGGUGCUGUUAUGCAUUGGGAAGAAAGCCGAUCUCUCAGUCUCCAGGAGGCUCGCCGCACGCAGGGUAUAGAUGAUACUGAGCCGAUCAUUGGAACAAUUAAAGACCAGUGGAGAAUUGCCGGUAAUGGCGUGGAUCGCAAGGUGGGUCUUGCUAUCGGGUUAGGGUUGCUUCGAGCCGUCGAAAGCAACGACCUAGAGCUUUCUCUAACCCCAGUGGAUUGUAAAGCAAAGUCUAUACUACAGCCAGCUCAAGUUAAACGCACAAGCGAAGACAACUUGGACUCUAGCAAGCGGCCAAAGAAACAGGCACGAACAAGCAAGGCGCAAGAUACUGCUGCCAAUGUUGAAAAUAGGGCGACAUCCAUUGAUCCGGGUAGGGGUAGCAGACAGAACUCGACAGCUUCAACGGGCUCGACCAGCUCGACAGGCUCGACAAAGGCAAGAUGCACACGGCACUCGGGAUUACCGGUUGAGUUUGCCCCGAAGAACUGGAGUAAGAGGGUGGAACCAAAGCGUCGUGACCGGAUCUGA